AUGGACGAUUAAGAGGGAAAAUUAGAAACUAUUGAUAAAGUAUUUAGAAAUGAUCCUAAUGAUGAUAGGCCAUUAGGAGGAGGUAAAAAAUUUUAAAUACCAGAAUACGCUGAUGGAGAAAAUCCUCCAGUUGUUGAACCACCUAAAAAGAAACCAACCAAUAGUAAUAGAUUGGCAACGAAAAAUAAGCCUGUAGUUGAUGAGGAAUAGUAAUAGUAAUAAGCAGGAUAAGAUGAUAAUUAAUAAUAAUAAAAUAACGAUUAGGCUGAAGAAAAAAUUGAGGAUGGUUUUGCUAAAAUAGACAAGCAAAUUAGAAAUGAUCCUAAUGAUGAAAGGCCAUUAGGAGGAGGUAAAAAAUUUUAAAUUCCAGAGUUUGCAGAUGGAGAAUAGCCUCCUCCAGAGGAGAAGCCAAAACCUAAAGCAAUUCCUAAACGACUUUAAGCAAGGUUAGAGAAUAAAGAUAAAAAUGAAUAAGAAAAUUAAGAUAAUUCAUAACAAGCUGAUAAAAAGCCUUCAGCAUCUUCUACUGCCGCAGAUAAACCCUGGUUGAAAAAGAAAGCUGUUGUAAGUGACAAAAGCGAGGAAUCUAGUUAAUAAAAUAAUGAGAUUGAUGAAAAGCCUGUAAGUGGAAAUACUAAUUAAAAAAAUUUAGAAGAUGAUAGACCAAUUGGAACAUCAAAUAAAGAAGCAAGCAAUGAUGAUAGACCCAUAGGUGGUGGCCCAAAAAAAAAUACAUUUAGUUAGGAUUAGGAAUACCCUGAUAAUGAAAGACCUUUAGGAAAUACUAAGCAAGUAAAUAAUUAAGAUGAUGAAAGACCUAUUGGAGGCAAUAAAAAAAAUAAUACAUUUAAUCCAGAUGAUGAGCGUCCAAUAGGAGCAGCUAAAAAAAAUAAUUUUGUAGAUGAGGAUGAAAGACCUAUUGGAGGAGGAAAUAAAAAUCAAUUUGUAGAUGAGGACUAAAGGCCUAUUGGAGCAGGAAAUAAAAGCAAUAUGAUGUCGGAGUAUCCUGAUGGUAUGGAUGCAGAGUCUAUUCAAGGAGCCUCAAGUAGUAAAGAUGAAGGACCUUUAAGUAAAAGACUAGUUAGCAAAGUACUUAAAACACGUUAGACAGCAUUUUAAGAAUUAGCAUCUGAGUUUGAGACAAAGAAAAAAGAUGCAAGCUUAUUUAGUGAAUAUGAGAGCGAGUGGGAUAAAAAAAUUUCAGAUAUCAACCCUAGUGUUUAAGAGUAGGCCUGUAAUGCAUUAAAGAAUUGGAUUGUAUUUCAUCCCAAUUUCAAGAAUCUUAAAAUUAACGAUACUUCUAGUAUUCUUAAGGCUCUUAUAGAAAAGUGUAUUGCCAGUGGCAAGCCAUAAUUACUUCCAAUUUCAAAAGAUGUCUUGUGUUUAUUGUAUGAAAAAAAUAAUGAUUAAGGUGAAUUUUUUGAAGCAUUGAAUACCUGUGUGAAAAACAAGAAUGCUAAGGUUGUUUGUGCAGGUAUUUAAAGUAUUACAGAUUUAAUGACCAAUUAUGGAGUUAAAAAAUUCGAUUUUAUGAAACCAUUUUUUGGUGAAAUCGAAAAAUAAAGUCUUUCAACCAAUAGUUCAAUUAGAGCAGACUGUAUGGUAUUUUUCAAAGAAGCUAUGAAAUGGCUUGGUGAUGCUAUAGUUAAAAAUUAUACUAAAAACCUAAAAAAACUCCAGCAAGACGAGCUUGAUAAGUUUUAUUCUGAAUGGGAUAAACUACCAAUGGUUCCAUUAAGAGCCUCAGAGGAAGAAAAAAAAGCUGCAUAAAAUAAAGCUUCUUCGGGCACAAAUGGUGGCUCUGGAGGAGGAGCAAGUAUCAGUGCUGGAGGAGAUAUUGAUUUGUACGAUAUAGUUGAUGCAGUGGAUAUUUUUGUUAAAUAUAGUGAUAAAUGGUGUGAUAAAGUGUUAGCUUUAUCAAAAUGGCAAGAAAAAAAGGAACAUUUAGAAGAAAUUAUAACUGCAGCUAGCUAGCCAAAAGUAAGUCCUAGUAACUAUAUGCCAGUUGUAGGAAUGAUAAAAAGAUUACUCAACGAUAAUAAUUCUAAUGUCCAACUUAAUUCAAUUAAGUUAACGGGUUGCCUUUGCAAGAGCAUUCGUAAAGGAUUUAAUAUGGGAGCAAAAUAGCUGUUUGAUUAGAUAAUUAUUAAAUUUAGAGAUAAAAAAACUCUUAUUAUUGAAGAAACUAAAAUUGCAAUUGAUAACUUUUGGUAUUCUGUUUCACUUGAAGAAGUUAUGGAAGAAAUAAAAGAAGCUCUUUAAGAUAAAGCUCCUCCUAUGAAAAUGCAAGUUAUGCAAGCAAUAGAGAGGUACUUCGAUACGAGACCCAAUGCUAACAAAUCCAGAGAUGCUUUUAAGCAAGCUUGCAUUCCAACAAUAAAGAAGCUGUUUGACGAUAGUACCUCAGAAAUAAGAGAAUAUUCUCUUAAAUUAAUUGGCAAAUUCAAUAAAUAAAAAGAUUGGUUCACUAGCGAAGAAAUUAAUAAUUUGACAGCUGGAUUAAAUGAUUAAAAAAAGGCUAAAAUCUAACAAGUUUAAGAAAGCAAUGAUAAACCUGAUUUAGGUGCUUCUAAAGUUAUUUAAAAACCUGGUACAGCUUCAAAACCACCAAUAAAAUAAUAGGAUGAUGAUGAAGAAGUCAAGGAAAACAAGUCUACAUUAAAUUCUACAAUCAAGGGUGGAGGUCUAAAAAAAGCAGGUGGUGAAAAAGUUUAGGCUGAAAAACAAUCAAACCAAAACAGUGGAAGUGGAGGAGCUGCUAUGAAUGAUGAAGACGUAAGCAGUAGUAGUAUCCCUACUUCAGAAGAAUGUGAGUAAAGAUUAAUAGAUAAUGGGAUGCCAGAAGAAUACUUGAAGAUAUUUGCAGGAACAAAAAAUCCUGAAAAAGUUGAAGCUUUGUAGGCUAUAGCAAGCAGCAGUUACUAUGAAAGCUGCCUACUGGAAUUGUUCGUUUAUUUAGACAAAGUUGCUUUCAAAUCUAGUAUAUUGCUUAUUCAAAAAGAAGUUUUAAAUUUAGUAGAGAAUGCAAUCAAUUUUGAUAGCUUUAACAAAAAAUGCUUCCAUGUAAUUACAGAUUUCAUAGUUAAGUAUGUAGGAGAAGCAAAGUUUAAUACUCAGGUAUAAAGCAUCAUUGAAAAGUCUUGCGAAAGGUUAGUUCCUAAAUAUGUAAUUUCAAGGCUCAUAAGAGUGCUCAAGCAAGAUGAAAAGAAAAUGUCACCUAAAUCAGCAUAAGAAUUAUCAAAAUCUAUUGCUAAGAUAAUAGAUUUAGCUACUUUAAAGUAUAUAAAUUUUAUGGAUGUGCUUUAAUUUGGAAAAGAAAGCAUAUAGAAUACUAACGUUUCAAUCAAAGCUGGUGGUCAAGAAGUCUUGAAAAAAUUAUACGAACAUAUGGGUGAAACACUUACAAACAAUUUCUUAAAAGAUAUUCCUGCAAAUAUAAUGGGUACUUUGUAAAAAGAGUUUUCUAAACUAACAGUUUUGAGUGAAUCAGAUAAAGCAUCAAAUGCUACUAUGAAAUUUGUUGGAGAAGCAGCUAAGGAGGUAACGGCUACAGCUAAAAGCGCUAGUUCUAAUCCUUUGGAUCAGCUUCCUCGUGCAGACAUUUCAAAAGAUGCAGAAAAAAUACUAAAAAAACUUUCAGAUGCCAAAUGGUAAACCCGUAAAGAAGGGUUAGAUGAAUUAGACAAGCUUCUUCAAAAAAGCAAUAAUAGAAUCCAAUUAACUGGGCUCUUCGAUUUGCUAGCCGCUUUGAAAUAGACUCUACAAGAAUCUAACAAGGGAGUUUAAAGACAAGCAUUUAAUUUUGUAGGAAGAUUUGCAGAAGCUUGUGGUAAAGAUUUAAGACCUCACAGUAAGAAUCUUUUAUGUUAAAUUGUAUCAAAUUUGAGCAAUAAAGAAUCUCUAAUGCGCAAAGAAGUAAUUCAAGCCUUAGAUAGAUUUGAAAAAGCUAUAGGUGGAGAACAUGUUGUAAAUGUGAUGUCAGCUUAUUUAUCUGAAAGUAACCCAGAACUGCGUUAAGGAAUCAUAGAAUGGAUUUUGCGUCAUCCAGAUAGUUAUGCAGCUGGAGAUUUGAAUGCCUAUGUUUAACCCAUCCUUCUUUGUCUUGACGAUAAAACUAAAGAAAUAAGAGUUUUAGCAGAAUAAUUAUUAGAAAAAACCAUAUCUGUUACAACAGCAGAGCCCUUUAAAUUUGCAUUCAAAGAUAUGAAACCUGCUACAGUGAAAGCAAUUUAACCAAUAAUUUCAAAGUAUACUAAUUUAGAUGAUGAUGCUGAUUAAGGACCUACGCCAACAGUAACAAGAAAGGAUAAUAAAUCCUCAACUUAAAUUAUACAAAAACAAAAUGAUAAAAACCCACCUAAAAUUAUAGUAGCAGGCUAAAAACCUGCAACUGGUGCUAAUGCUCAGGCAAAUAAAGAAAAAACAACCCUUACAAGAAAUGCAACAACAAUGAAUUUGAAAGUAAAUGAUGAGAAAUCUGAUACAGCCAGCAAUAAUGGAGAUAAAACUCCUACAAAGUCUAAAUUUGGACUUAAUCACUCUGCCUCUACAAAUAAAAUAAACAUUAAACCAGACAACAACCAAAAUGCUGGAAAAUCUUCUUUCUAAUAAGGAAGCUAAUAAAGUUCAUAAAGUUAAAUUGAAGACUUUACUAUAGAGAAGGCAUAGUAAUAAAAUGUUAGCUCCAUUUAAACUAGCUUAUAAAGUACUUCUAAUAGACCCUCCUCGAUGGUAGACUAAACUGCUAAGAAGAUAAUGAUGGAUGAUUCAAUGAUAUUCCCUGUAUCAAAUUCCAUUUCUUCACUUAAGAAUAAAAGAUUCAAUUUCCCUUUAUACCAAAAUUUUGAUAUUCAAAAUCCUUCAAAUGAGCACUUCGAAUUUAUUUAAAACGAGCUUAAAUUUCUUUUAAAUAGCACUGUAACUCCUUUGAUGUUCUCAUUUAAUUAUAAGUGUGUGAUCCAAGCUACAGAAUAACUUAAAAACGCAUGCGAUGAUUUAAUGUAAUAGCCUAGCUUAAAAUAUUUUAGUGACUUAUUAUUUUAAUGGUGUUUUAUGAGAUUAUAUGGUAAUUUUAACAUAGAAGUUAGUAUUCACUUACUUGAUACUAUAAGAACGAUUUUAAUUGUCCUAUAAAAAACUAGUGAAACACUCAGUUGUUUAGAAAUAGGAACAAUAAAUGCAUCUAUUAGAGAAUGUUUCAUUAAUUUACCAGAAUCAAGCAAUCUCCUCUAAUAAGCUUAUUUAAUCAUUAAUUUACAAUUAAAAAUGCUAGGUGAUAAAAGAGAUAAAGUUAUACACUUUUGGCUCAAUCAGCUCUUGGUUUCAGUGUUCGAUUUACAUCCUCAAUAUUUUGAAUCAGAUAAUCUUAAUUUAGAAGUUGUUUAAAAUGAAUAUCAAAAUAAAUUGUAUGACCUAUUUAUUAACGUUUUAAUUAAAAACAUAAACCCUUAAACUAGUUUACAAUUUUUAAGUUCUAUCCAGUUUAAAACUCCAAAAGCUAUAGAUUUCAUAUUAGCAGUUUAAGAUUAAUUUGGACGCGAUACACUUUUGUAAGCAGGAUUCACGAGUUCAGUCCUUGAUUAAUAUGAAUAAAGUAAACAAGUAUCAAAUACCUUGUAGAGCCCUGGAUUCCCUAAUCCUCAAUAAUUUAAUGUAUCAAUUUACAAUAAUUUAAGCAAUUAGUCAAAACUUAUUGGUCCUCCAACAAUUACUUCUAACAAUCCAUCUUCUUAGAUUGGCAAUGAUAAUGUAACACCAAAAAAUAAGAAUUCGGUAACUGCUUUGUAAGCAAAUGGUGUAAAAUUAAAUGAGACUCCUUCCUUUAAUAAAACUCAGUAAGGUCCUUCUCUAUCUAACUAAUAGCAAAAUUAAACUUAACAACCUUCUUCGAACUUACAAAAACCUUAAUAGCCUUAGUAAUAAUUUCAACAAACAUAAUAACCUUAACAGCAAAUAUAGUAACCUAGUUUAGAAGAAGUGUUUAUCAGUAAAGUUAAAUCACUUCAGAAAGAUCCCUACUCAAAUGAUAAGAUCGAAAUGCUUGUUUACAUUAAUAAUAUAAUUUAAGAUCAUGAAAAUCAAGCAUAUCUAAGUUUGAUUGAAAGCAACACAAACCUGCUCCUUGAUAUGAUUUACACUUAAUUAAGAUUUGUUUUUGAAAAUAAAAAAACAAUAUCGCCUCAAUAUCUUUAAUAUUUUUUAAAUGUAAUGUAUAAGUGCUUCACAAUUAAGAGCUUUGCAAAGGGCUGCUAAUUUGAACCUUUAAAAAAUUUUACAGAAGAAAUCCUCUACAGAUUACUUGCUGAAGAUGAAAAUCAAAAUAAAGAAGAAUAAAAUUAAAAUAAUGCAAGUGGAAUCAUAAAGCUAAUAAACUCAACUAUGCUUAGAAUCUUAGAAAAUUCAAGACCCGAAUAAAUAUAUAAAAUUCUUCUUGAACUCUUAAUUAAAUACAGACAGUAAUUUAACUAUGCUAAAAUCCUCGGAUUAAUUAUAAAAUGUAUCCUUAAAGUAACUAAAGGAUUAGAAGAUUUCAUAAACCAAAUAGAUCUUAAUGAGUUACUGUUAUAUUUCCAUAAAUAUAUUUGCGAAUUUCUAGUUCCUAAUCCAACAAUGAGUGAUGAUAUAGGAGUAAAAACAAUUAAAACUAUUUUGAAAGAGCUCUGUAAACUAAAAGGAGAAGCUAUUUGGGUUGUUUAUAACAAUUCUAUUAAAAACUGCCCUUAAAAAGACUAAUUUAUUUUUGAGUGGAUUGGCUUAGUAUUAAAGCCUGCUUAAUCUUCUAAUACUGCAGGAAACCCUAUUUCAAUCGUGUCUCCAAGAGAUUUGAGGUUUGAGAGAAAAAUAUCAGCAACUUAACAAUCACUAACUAAUAUUUCACCAGAUUAAAUUGAUUCUUUGAUUGUUAAAACUAUCUAAAAUAUUAAAUAAUCUGAUACUUUCGAGUAAGGAAUAGCACAGCUUCAUGAAAUACUCACAAAAUAUCCAAGCAUAAAUAUCGAAACAUAUUUGCAAGAUUGCACUUAAAAUUUUACUAAAUUUGUAAUAAAUAACCUCGAGAAAUAUGAUUAACAAAAGAAAGUUUCUGGUUUAGCAGGAAUGUAAAAUAAUUCAUAACUUUUCAGCACAGCAAAGAAUUAUUAACAGCCUAAUUAUAAUGAUGAUAGUAGAAGUGAGGAUAAAAAUAAUUCAAGUUAUGGUAUUGGAAAGUAGAUGGACUAUAAAAGUUUACAUAAUGGAAUAAAUGAAUUAAAAUAAAGAAUUUUAAGAAGAGAUUAAUAAUACAAUGAAUUGGAAAGUAUUUCUUAAAUAAAUUAUUAAUCAUAGCAAGGAGAUAAAUCUUAUUAACCAAAAACUACAGAGGAGUUUAUGCAAAAAGUAAUUGACAUGAAAGCAAAAAGACAUAAUUAAUAGUUAUCUUAAAGCAACAUUAAAGGAAUUAACGAAGACGAUUAAGCUAAUAGCAGCUUUUCGAGCAAUAAAUAGAAUUUCUGA